UCACACUUGUGGAGGGUCCCUCAUCGCGAGCAACUGGGUAAUGACUGCUGCCCACUGUAUCAGCAAGAGCAGGACCUAUCGGGUGGUCCUUGGCAAACAUAACCUCAAGGCUUCAGAAGCCGGAUCAAUGGCAGUUGAAAUUGCUCCAGAGAACAUAUUUGUCCAUGAGAAAUGGAAUCCAAUUCUUGUUGCUCUUGGGUAUGACAUUGCACUCAUGAAGAUUUCCAGUCCUGUGGCUCUGAGCAACACAAUAGAGCUGGGAUGCAUUCCUGCCUCUAAUACUAUACUCCCCAACAACUACUCCUGCUACGUAACAGGAUGGGGGCGUCUCUACACAAAUGGCCCUAUCGCUGACAAUCUUCAGCAGGCCCUUAUGCCAGUUGUAGAUCAUGCAACUUGCUCCAAACUAGACUGGUGGGGAUUUGCUGUGAGAAAGACAAUGGUCUGUGCUGGUGGAGAUGGCAUUGUUGCUGGAUGUAAUGGGGAUUCUGGUGGACCUCUGAACUGCCCAGCUACUGAUGGAACCUGGGAAAUCCAUGGCAUUGCCAGCUUUGUAUCCAGUUUGGGUUGCAAUGCCAAGAAGAAGCCCACUAUCUUCACUCGUGUUUCUGCCUACAAUGACUGGAUCGCUCAGAUAAUGGCGAACAAUUGAAGAGAGUCACAAAGAGGCACAUUUUACUACAAGUCAUACAGCAUGGAAACAGACCCUUCAGUCCAACU